UCCCUAGCAGUAUCUACACGCUCACCAAACCGACGGAAUGAAGCUGAUCGUCCUCGCCUGCCUGGCCGCCGUGGCCCUCGCCGCCCCCCGCCCCGAGGACGACCCGGUCGCCAUCCUUCGCGACGACCGCCAGGACGACGGCGACGGCAACUUCAAGUACGAGUUCGAGUCCGAUGAUGGCACCUUCGUGUCUGCCGUUGGCACUCCUGGCGCCGAAGGCCAGAGCAACAUUCAGGGGUCCUACAGGUUCACCCUCCCCGACGGCACCAUCGCCGAAGUCACCUACAUCGCCAAUGAGAACGGCUUCCAGCCCCAGUCCGACCUCCUCCCCACCCCCCACCCCCUCCCCGCCCACGCCAUCGAGCAGAUCCGAUUUGCCGAGGAGCAGCGCGCGGUGCAACCGCCCGCACCGCAACCGCUCGCACCGCAACCGCCCGCAGCGAAACCGUUCCCAGCGUCCUCCUUCUAGAUCCCCAAUGCCAAUCCUCCUUCUAGAUCAUCGGCGCGAACUGCAAAUCACCGCAAGAAAGGAAUUAAUAUUGUAAAAAUGAAAAACUGUUUUCGCAGUUUUUAUGCGGUUUUAAUGAAAUGUAAUAAUGUA